AAAGCUAAUAAAAACAACAGUUCCACUAAAGUACGGGCUCUGCUGCUUGCUAAGCGUUCAGACAGCGAUUGCGAGAGUGCGAGAGAGCAAAGAGGAGAGAGCAAUAAUAAUGAAAAAGGGAAAAGUGAGCUCCGCGAAUCAAAAAACUCAACUUUGCCUGGUCCAAGCAUGCACAAACCGCAACAGCCAGCGUAAUCGUAACUCGGUCAGUUAGUUGACAGACAUUGCCUGGUCUCGUGUACCACCCCAAGUCCGGAGCAGAGCACAGCAGAGCAGAACAGAACAGAACGGAACAGAACAGAACAGCAAAAGUAACUGUAAAUAGUUUUCAUAAUCUGAUUUAAGGCCGGUACAAGUGCGAGACGUUCGACACGAUGCAGUUUGUUGCCACUGAGCACCAGCAUAGGCGCCUGAACCCCCUCACCGGAACAUGGGUACUCGUGUGCCCCCAUCGCACGCAACGUCCCUGGUCGGGACAGCAGGAGAAGGCGCAGAAGAACGAACUUCCCGACUUCGAUCCCACCAAUCCCCUUUGUCCUGGCGUUACGCGACCCAACGGAAUUCAAACGCCUACUUACGAGGGUACCUACGUCUUUGAGAACGACUUUCCGGCCUUGGUGGAGCAGGUGCCGGCUCCACCCAACAGCGAUGAUCCCCUGUUCCAGAUAGCUCCAGCGCGGGGCAAUUGUCGCGUCAUGUGCUUCCAUCCCAAGUCAAAUCUCACCUUGCCCACGAUGACGGCCGCGGAAAUUGUCGUUGUUAUCAACGAAUGGAUCAAUCAAUUCAACGAGCUGAGCUCGAAGUAUGCCUGGGUGCAGAUAUUCGAGAACAAGGGGUCUGCCAUGGGCUGCUCGAAUCCCCAUCCGCAUUGCCAGAUCUGGUCGUGCUCGUUUCUGCCCACAGAACCGCAACUGAAGCAGGAGCGACUGCGUGCCUACUAUGCCACAAACGACAGGCCACUGUUGAGCGACUAUGUGGAGCGGGAACUGCAACGCAGAGAGCGCAUUGUGAUCGAGAAUCCCGACUGGCUGGUUGUGGUGCCCUUCUGGGCCACCUGGCCCUUCGAAACGAUGCUCAUCUCGCGGAACAACAACAAGCGCAUCAAUGACCUGACUGUGGAUCAACGCUACAAUCUGGCUGUGACCAUCAAGGAGCUGACCACCAAAUAUGACAAUCUUUUCCAAUGCUCGUUCCCUUACUCCAUGGGCUGGCAUGGUGCACCGACGGGACCGGAACAUGCCCAUGCCUCCAGCGCCCAUUGGACGCUACAUGCCAUCUACUAUCCCCCGCUGCUGCGCUCGGCAACGGUACGCAAGUUCAUGGUUGGAUUUGAACUCUUGGCGAUGGCUCAGCGGGAUCUCACGCCCGAGCAGGCGGCCCAAAAACUUCGAGAAGUUGAUGGAAAGUGUCAUUACCUAGAGAAAUGAGUUCCCACAACCCUUGCGCACUCGACUUUCAUUUAAUCGCCAGACGGCUGUCGGUAGUUAGAACCAUUAUAUAUACAUAUGAAUUGUGCAACAAACAAGGGAACAAAAUCUCAUAAAAGUAAAUACUAAAAAAAAGUUACGAUUGAAAAUAAAACGUUCUAGAAUAAAGUUUCGACUGUAUUCAGGGGA